AUGGCGAAUUUCGGAUUUCUAUUGUUCACAUUUUUCGUUUCACUAUUAGUCUUAAUAGCCGAGUGUCGCCAGUUUCGCUACGAUUACAAAUUCAACCCGGACACGCAGAGUUGGGUGAAGCUGCACCAAGUGCCGGCGACAUGGGAGGACGCUCGGCUCAGAUGCUUCUACGAGGGAGGCACCUUGGCUUCGCCGCAAUCGAACAAGCUUCUGUCGACCAUGAAAAUGAUGCUGAAGGGCACUCACGCUGAGCUCACCGGCAUCUAUACGGGAGUCCACGCAAAAUUCUCUAAGGGAGACUUCUACUCGAUCGAUGGUAAGCCUAUCGACAGAAUGCCUGUUCAAUGGAUGCCGUACGAACCUGACAACGAGCAGAACGAUGAGGAUUGCAUCGUGAUGCACUCAAAUGGGACCAUCGCCGACGUCAACUGCCUCGAGGUCUUUCCCUACAUCUGCUCGCGGAAGGGCCGGGCAGAAGUGCUGACCGAGUGUGGCACCGUCGAUAAAGAGUACCAUUUGGACGCGCGAACCGGGAGCUGUUACAAGUUCCACAACAUAGCGCGUAAUUUUACUCGUGCGUUUAUGGCUUGCGCCGCCGAGGGCGGGUACCUGGCCAUCAUCAACAGCGAGACCGAAGCGCAAAUAUUGAAAGAACUUUUCGAGAAAAACCAGCCUGAUACCCUGAGAUUCACUUCUCACAGCGGAAUUGCUUUUGUUGGGUUCCACGAUUGGGGAGAACGUUUCGUCUGGACGACCAUUCACGGUCAGUCAAUAGAAGAAGCGGGUUACAACAAGUUCUCGGGUGGUCAGCCCGACGGCGCUCAGCCGGGCGAGUACUGCGGCGGAAUCUUCAGAAACGGACUGCUGGACGACGCUUGGUGUCACGAGAGAAUGGCCUUCAUCUGCGAGAAGUCGGUGGACAGUCUCCUGGAUGAUAUUAUAGAAUAA